GAAAAUGGCAUUGACAAUAGUUACCUGUGAAGAGAAGGGGUUCUUAAAAAUGGAGGUUGGACUUGGAAACAUCAUUUCCAACUGCUCCCAUGUUGUGUUCAGACAAGUAAAUUCCAACCCCAAACUUGUAGUUUUUGUAGAAAUUAAAAAAUAGCUUCUCGUUAUUAUACAAAUUUGUUCUCAAUUAUUUUAUUUCCAAUCAAUUGAUUGUUUUUUAAGCUAAUUUUUAUGUCUAACAUGUCCCCACAUCACUCCCUCCCUCCCAUGUCAAAGAAAACAAAAAUAAGAGUAAGAAAAAUGGAAGUUUGACCUGUGGCUGCGAUCCGGAAAAUGCAACCCAGAUCUCUAAACAAAUACCCAAUUGAAAUUUGGCCUUGAUUGAAUCAAAAUGAGGGAAUUCUUGCUCUUUGUGGCGAUUUUUUUGGUGGGGUUUGUAGCCAGCGAUGGGUGGACCAAUAACUCCGGCAUGGCGGCGCCCCGGCGGAUUCAUACCCUGUUUUCGGUGGAGUGUCAGAAUUACUUCGAUUGGCAAACUGUGGGGUUGAUGCAUAGCUUCAAGAAGUCGAAGCAACCGGGGCCCAUCACCCGUUUGCUUAGUUGCACCGAUGAGGAGAAGAAGAAAUAUAGAGGGAUGCAUUUGGCUCCCACUUUUGAGGUUCCAUCCAUGAGUAGGCACCCCAAAACUGGCGACUGGUAUCCUGCAAUAAAUAAACCUGCAGGGGUUGUCCACUGGCUUAAACAUAGCAAAGAAGCAGAGAAUGUUGAUUGGGUUGUGAUUCUGGAUGCAGACAUGAUCAUAAGAGGCCCAAUAAUACCUUGGGAACUUGGUGCAGAGAAGGGCAGGCCUGUUGCAGCUUAUUAUGGAUACUUGGUUGGAUGUGACAACAUUCUUGCUAAAUUGCACACCAAGCACCCGGAGCUUUGUGACAAAGUUGGUGGCCUCUUGGCAAUGCAUAUAGACGAUCUUCGAGUAUUUGCACCAAUGUGGCUUUCAAAGACGGAAGAAGUGCGCGAAGAUAGAGAUCACUGGGCGACCAAUAUAACUGGUGAUAUCUAUGGCAAAGGGUGGAUAAGUGAGAUGUACGGUUACUCGUUUGGAGCUGCAGAAGUUGGUCUCCGACACAAAAUUAAUGAAAAUUUGAUGAUAUACCCGGGCUACAUUCCUCGUCCCGACAUUGAACCUAUCCUUCUUCACUAUGGUUUGCCAUUUAGUGUGGGAAAUUGGUCCUUUAGUAAAUUAAAUCACCAUGAAGAUGGUAUUGUCUAUGACUGUAACCGGCUUUUCCCUGAGCCUCCUUACCCUCGAGAGAUACAACAAAUGGAAUCCGAUUCAAAUAAGAAGCGGGGUCUACUUAUAAAUAUAGAGUGUAUCAACCUGUUGAAUGAGGGUCUGCUGUGGCAACAUAAACGAAAUGGAUGCCCGAAGCCACAAUGGUCAAAAUAUUUAAGCUUUUUAAAGAGUAAAACUUUUACUGACUUAACUAAACCGAAGUAUCCUACUCCUGCUAGUCUAGUAAUGAAGGAAGAUUGUGUUCAGAAACAACCAGUUAAGGUAGAUCAUGUUCAGAAACAACCAGUUAAGGUAGAUCGUGUUCAGAAACAACCAGUUAAGGUAGAUCGUGUUCAGAAACAACCAGUUAAGGUAGAUCGUGUUCAGAAACAACCGGUGAAGGAAGAUCUUGUUCAGAAACAACCGGUGCUUGAUGAACUGCAGGAACCAUAUCCAAAAAUCCACACCCUCUUCUCAACGGAGUGCACUACUUAUUUUGAUUGGCAAACUGUAGGCCUUAUGCAUAGUUUCCGUCUGAGUGGCCAGCCUGGGAACAUUACACGACUUCUCAGCUGUACCGAUGAGGAUUUGAAAAAAUACAAAGGUCACAAUCUGGCUCCAACCCAUUAUGUUCCUUCCAUGAGCCGACAUCCACUGACAGGCGACUGGUAUCCGGCAAUAAAUAAGCCAGCCGCAGUGCUCCAUUGGCUCAAUCAUGUGAACACUGAUGCAGAAUACAUAGUUAUUCUUGAUGCUGAUAUGAUCAUGAGAGGAUCCAUUACACCAUGGGAGUUCAAAGCAGCUCGUGGACGUCCCGUCUCUACACCCUAUGAUUACCUUAUUGGCUGUGACAAUGUGCUUGCAAAACUCCAUACAAGCCAUCCUGAAGCUUGUGAUAAGGUUGGGGGAGUUAUUAUUAUGCACAUCGAUGAUCUCAGGAAAUUUUCCAUGCUAUGGCUGCAUAAAACCGAGGAGGUUCGAGCUGAUCGAGCUCAUUAUGCAACGAAUAUCACAGGAGAUAUAUACCAAUCUGGCUGGAUCAGUGAGAUGUAUGGUUACUCAUUUGGUGCUGCCGAGUUGCAAUUACGGCAUAUUCGAAGCAGUGAGAUACUGUUAUACCCAGGAUAUGCUCCUGAUCCUGGAGUUCAUUACAGAGUUUUUCACUAUGGACUUGAAUUUAAAGUUGGGAAUUGGAGCUUUGACAAGGCAAAUUGGAGGGAAACUGAUUUGGUCAACAGAUGCUGGGCUCAAUUUCCAGCCCCACCAGAUCCUUCCACACUUGAUCAAUCUGAUAAAGAUGGUUUUGCUAGGGACUUGCUUAGCAUAGAGUGUAUAAGAACACUCAAUGAAGCUCUGUAUCUGCAUCAUAAGAAGAGGAACUGCUCAGAUCCUAACUUGUUGGCCAACCCGAACUUGGACGAUGAAAGCGAAGUUGGGGUUUCUAGGAAAAUUGGCAAGCUUGAUGAAAGCUAUACUGGAAAAGAAGACCAUUUAUCGACAGAUAGUUCUCAGGAAUCGUCACAGGCGGCAAAAGAGGAUGGGAUCUUUGGUUCUUUGAGGUUGUGGAUUAUUGCUCUGUGGGUGAUUUCCGGUUUGGUGUUCUUGGUAGUGAUUAUAUCAAAGUUUUCGGGUCGGAAAGCGAAGGGGGUGAGAGGUAAACAUCACAGGAUCAAGAGAAGAACUGCUUCCUAUUCAGGUUUUGUGGAUCGGAACGGGCAGGAGAAGUAUGUCAGAGAUCUUGAUGCCUCCUUGUAAUACUUUUUUGCAAAGUGAGUCCAGAAGUUUGUUGUAGAGAAAAAAGACAGGUGCAAAGCAACCUGAAAAACAACUCCUCGGCUGAAUGACCGCUGCAAGUUCUUGCUUUUCGAUGUUCGUCAGCUACUAACUUCCACAGAUUUCUCAAAAGUUGAACAAAAAAGGAGUUACAAGGGGGCUAUGAAUCUUGGAUGGAUUUGUUCUUGGUGAAGUAGCCACCUAAUACAGGUUUAUGUAGUCUCCUCUGUUCUGCAAAUAUCAGACAUUUUGACAUUAGAUGAGAAAAGUGUUUUUACUGAGUAAAAGAUGAGAUCUUUCCACAUUUCUCCAUUUAAGCCUUUGUACUUUUUUAGUCUUUUCAACAAGAACAGAAAAGAGAACCAAUGAAAUGGUUGUCAUCAAUUCGUUGAAGGGGAAAAUAAUCUUAUUGAAGGGUUUUUUCUUGUAUUGGAAUUGAUCCUAACUUUAAAGUUACAUUCUCAUUGACUACUCAAUACUUCACUGCUUAUUAUCUCU